GAAUAAAAAUAUUUAACCAUAUUUUUUUUGCACAAUACGUUAAAUUUCAAAAAAUAAAUAAACAAAACUAUUUUACAAGUAAUGAAAAUUAAAAAAAAAAUUAUUACAUAAAUUAUUAAUCUGCUAUAUUGUUUUAAGUCAAUAAAUUAUUUAUAUAAAAUUUAAAAAAAUGAAACUAAUGAAGUUUUAGGUUAAGUGAAAAAAUGAAUUAAAUGUUGAAAUAAUGAUUGAAAAAAGUGAUUUAAUUUACUGAGUAAAUUUUGAAAAAUAUAAAAAAAUGGAGAUUGGAAACCGUACUCCAGAAAGAAAAAUUCUUGGGGAAUUAAGCAAUACAAAAUCAGAACCAAUUUCACCAACAGCAAAUCUGAGAUUAUUGACAUCACUAGCAUCCAAUUUAAAGAGUGUUGCUGAUAAUAAUUAUUGUGUUAAUAAAACACAACAUAAUACUAGUAAUAAUAACAAUAAUAAUAACAGCAAUAAUAUCAGUGAGUCUCCAAUCGCAUCAGGAUCCCUAGGAAAUGGACUUAAAUUAUUGCCAAGAAAACAAAAGUCACUGGGACUGCUGUGUAAUAAGUUUUUAAAUAUGUACCCGCUAAAUUUAGACCAUGAGACCCGCGAAAUAUCACUCGACAAAACGGCUAAAGACUUGGGUACCGAGAAACGACGUAUCUAUGACAUUAUAAAUGUGUUGGAGAGCUUGGACAUGGCUUCAAAAGCUGGAAAAAAUCGUUACCUGUGGCACGGACAGAGUAACUUGACAUCGACGCUUGUCAAAUUAAAGUCCACGGCAAUAAGACUCGGUCUCAGAGAACAGAUCCAGGAUAUACAGAAAAAUUACCGGGCUUAUACUAAUGACAAUGAUGAGACCUGCGAUGAGUUGACGAUGUCACUGGAAGAACCUGUUGAUGAAGAAACUUAUUGCAGUGAUACGGCUAUCAAGGAAGACAAGAGUCUCGGUGCAAUGUGUCAGAAAUUUGUCAUGUUGUUUUUAGUUUCUAUGAAGAAUGGAGUUAUUAAUUUAGAAAUAGCGGCUAAAGUUCUGAUACUUGAUAAUACGGAUAACCAAUCAGAAAUGAUGACAGACAAUGGUUCGAGAUCGCGGUUUAAAACUAAAGUACGCAGAUUGUAUGACAUCGCCAACGUUUUGACGGCCAUCGGACUGAUUAAAAAAAUUUAUUUGUUCGAUCGAUCGUUAAAAAAACCUAUUUUUAAAUAUUUUGGGCCUGAUGUUGAGUCUACGGAGUCAUUUGAUGCUGACACACCAAUUAGUAAAAUAUAUAAUUCAUCAAUUGGAAUGUCAACGCCAGACAAACGUGUGACAGGACAUUCCCACAAUAGUUAUGUCGACACAUCCGCGAAUUCAAACUGCAAAAGCUUUAUCCAAAAUUGUUACAGUACUCCGACCAUAGACAAGCGUAAAUUACGCAAAAGAAAAUUAUUUGAUGCUGACUCAGCAUCAUUUUCACGGACAAACAGUCUUCCAAACCUUGAUAAUAAAUCACGAUCACUAGAACGUUUAGACGAUUCAAUAUUGCGUGUGGCUGAAAUGGAGCUGGAAAAAUUAAAUUCUACUGAAGAAUUAAAACCAAAGGCAUGUACGAAAUUACUGACCCGCUAUAAGUCGGAUUCGUGUAUAAAAAAUCAUACAACGGAGCAUCAGACACUAGCGCUAUCAUCAUUACCGUCACCAAUAAAUCAAAAUGUCAAGACUGAGCCAAACGAUUUAAUCCUAGAACUUGGGCAUGAAACAAAUAAUCAAAGUCUAAUGCAGAGUUCAAAUUCUGCAUACCAGACUUUGAAAGUUCCUCCGUUAAUAAAUUCAAAAAAAUUAAUAUCUACAGUCGUUACAACUAAACCUGUUCAUAAAAUAAUGAAACUUAUACCGAUCGGAAGUAUUUCGACGCUUCAGGAUCCGCACUCUCCAAGUAAUAGUAGUAGUAGUAAUAAUAAUAGUAUAAAAAAAAUAUUAGUUCCCAAAGCUGUGGAUGUUGAUAGCAGUAACGCAAGAGUUACUAAAGUCGCGCGAUAUAAAAUUGGUCAGACAAAACCAACGAGAGUUAUUAACUUGACUAAAAUAGAUCCUAAUAAAUUGAUACCUAUUAAGCGGAGUGAUUUUAAAUUUUCAUUUGCUGACGUUAAACCUCUUGUUGUACAGCAGCAUGAUCACCAUCAGCAGCAAGUUAUUGAUAAUACGAUUAAUUUAAAUAAUAAUUCUGGCUAUGCCAUGCUGACGCGCAUACAGGCGACUAGUGUAUCACCUGGUGAUACUUUCAAGGCUAUUAAAGUCGGUAAUACUUUGCAACUUGUACCGCUUAAUAGCAGCAAUAAUAAUAAUGAUAAGAGUAAUUAAAAUUAUAAAAUUAUUUUUAUUAAUUUUUACUUCAAAUGAUUUAUUUAUUAGAUUUAAUUAAAAAAUUUAUUACUGUUUAGUUAAUUACAGACUUAUUAUUUUUGGAGUUUUGAAUUUAAUUUUAAAGAUUUAAUGAUAAAAUAUUAAUCAUUGACUAUUGAUGCGUUUAAAAUUAAUUUGAAAAUUUAUUUAGUGUAUAUAAGAUAAAUAUUAUUGAUUUUAUCAAUUAUUAAUUUUGUUGACAUUGAGGUAUAUAAUUAUUAUUA